AUGUCAAAUGAAACAGCGUCUAUGAGAGAAAUACAACACAACCGACAACUCAUUAUGCAAGCUCUAAAUAAGAACACAACAAACUUUUCAAACUAUUCUAAGAUAUCUGAGUCAUUGAAGGAAGGAAACUUAAAACUGACAUUAAACCCAAUGACAGAUGAGUUUCUGUUUCAAGACAAUAAGAACCAUACUGUCUGUAUAAAUCCAACAAAAGGAACUUUAAACGAGAAACCUAUAAAUGAACUUCUUUUGAAAGCAGAUGUUGACAACAAAGCUGACAAAGAAUAUGUAGACGAUGCAAUAGCAAAAGAAGAAGAAAGAGCUAACAAUGCUUAUGCAACAAAAGAACAUACUCAUCCUGAACUAGCAGACAAAACAUAUGUUGACAAUAAAAUGUCAAGUGAAGUGACAAGAGCUGAAAACGAAUAUUCUAAAAAGACUCAUACACAUUCUAUAUCUGAAAUAACAGACUUACAAGAAACCUUAAACAGGAAAAGUGCCGUUGGACAUACACAUACCAUUGCAAAUAUUACAAACUUACAAGAAACCUUAAACAGGAAAAGUGCCGUUGGACAUACACAUUCUAUAUCUGAAAUAACAAACUUACAAGAAACCUUAAACAGGAAAAGUGCCGUUGGACAUACACAUUCUAUAUCUGAAAUAACAGACUUAAACGUUAGCCUUGAAAAGAAAGCAGACAAGAACCAUACACAUACAAGUUUUACAACUGUUGCUAUAGAAAGUAUUGAAGGAACGGUUGAAGAAACUGGUGGGGAUGCAAUAUAUUGUAAACCUCCUAACUUUCCACAAGGUUUAACAUCGGAUGACGACAUAACGACGAUGAGAAACAUUAGAUGUAAAGAUGUUUAUGUCAUGAAGGAUGAACAUAAUAUUAAAUUCACUGCUCAAGAUUUAUAUGACAAGAAAGCAGACAAAACAGAGCUUCAAACAUUAAAGACAGAAAUGCUUCAAACAUUAUAUCCUAUAGGCUCUAUUUAUACGUCAAUGAACUCUACCAGACCAGAAGUAGUACUUGGUUUUGGAACUUGGACUCAAAUAGUCGACAGGUUUUUGUAUUGUGCAAACUCUUCAAAGGAAACAGGUGGAAGUAAAACGAUUUCAGGUGAAAAUUUACCUGCACACAGUCAUUACAUAGAUUUAAGUACAUCUCAAGCAGGUUGGCAUAAGCAUAGAUAUUGGGAUUGGCACAGCUUGACAAAAGGUAAAGGAUAUGAUGUUAAAGACAACGUUAAGUUUGCUAUAGAUUGUUACUGGAGUAACACUGAGGGAGGAGGAAACCAUACACAUAACGUUUCAGGAUAUACGCAAACAACGGGACAAAGUAAAGAAUACAUGCCACCUUACAUGACAGUUUACGCAUGGUAUAGAAUUGCUUAG